AUGGCAGACUUGCCAAAGGAUCGCGUGGAUUCUUGCAAGGCCUUCACUAUCACUGGAGUGGACUACUGCGGCCCAUUCAUGUAUAAGCCUGAAGGACGAAAACGCCAGCCGUUGAAAUGCUACAUAUGCAUUUUUAUAUGUUUUGCAACCAAAGCAGUUCACAUGGAACUAGUGGCUGAUUUAUCCACACCAACAUUUUUGGCAGCCCUCAGACGCUUUAUUGCAACAAGAGGUCGUCCCAAAUGCAUUUGGUCUGAUAAUGCUACCAACUUCACCGGAGCCAAGAACGAGCUUGCCGAACUUCGUCGUUUAUUCCUAGCUGAGGACCAUUUGAAGGCAAUCGAGAGCUUCUGUCUAGCAGACACCAUCGAAUGGAAAUUCAUUCCACCCAGAUCGCCUCACUUUGGAGGCCUUUGGGAGGCCUCAGUUAAGACAGCCAAGCAUCAUCUUUAUCGCACUAUUUCGCAAUCCACACUUGGAUUUGAUGAGUUGCGCACCAUCAUUUGCAUGAUCUCGGCUAUCAUCAACUCUAGACCGCUUCUGCCCCUAUAA